UUACAGGCAUCUAGUGUGUAGAGGUCAGGGAUGCUGCUAAACACCCAACAAUGCACAGUACAGCCCCUCCCACAAGAAUGAUCUGUCCCCAAAUGUCAAUAGAGCUGAGGGUGAAGAACCCUUAUCUAGAGCUGCUUAAAGCCCUCCACAAACCAGCGCCGUCUUGACCCACUGAUCACCUGUCCAGAUGAGAGAGUAUAGAAAACAGGAAGUGUAGAGAAACUUUAUAGUAAUUUGACAUAGUAAUUUUACGACUUUUGGGCUCCCGUUUUGCGUGUCUUUUAAAUUCUUUUUUAAAUCAAUUUUUAGAACAAUUUUGAAUUUACAGAAAAAUUGAGCAACGAGUACAGUUUCUAUAUACUCCCUCCCCCAACACACACACACACACACAGAGUUUCCCCUAUUAGUAACAUCUUACACUAGUAUGGGACAUUUGUUACAGUUAAUGAACCAAUUUUGACACAUUAGUAUUAACAAAAGCACACGCUUUAUUCAGAUUUCUCCAGCUUUACCCUAAUGUCCUUUUUGUGGUCCAGGAUCCCACAUGACAUUUAGCUGUCACGUCGUCUUAGGCACUUCUUGGCUGGGGUGGUUUCUUGAGCUUUCCUUGUCUUUGAUGACCUUGACAGUUUUGAGGAGCAUUGGUCAGGGAUCCCAGAGGGUGGCUCUCUGUUGGAAUUUUCCCGGUGUCUCCCUCAUGGUUAGGCUAGGGUUACGGGUUUGGGGAAGGAAGAUCGCAGACACAAGGUGCCAUCCUCCUCACAAUAUAUCGUGGGAGUACAUACUAUCCACCUAAUUAUGACUGCGGAUGGUGGCCUUGAUCCCGCAGCUGGGUGACAUUAUGUGUACGUCAGGUUUCUGCACUGUAAAGUUCCUUUUUGUCCCCCUCUUUCCACACUGUACUUCUUGGAAGGAAGUCACACUGUGCAGCUCCACCUCUUUUGGAAGAUGCAGUAUCUACAUAAAUGAUUUGGAAUUCUUCUGCACAUCAAGUUUGUCUCUUGUCCUUCAACCAUUAAUGCAUUUGAUCAUUUGUUUGUAUCAGGACGAACUCAUGGAUAUUGACUUUAUUCUUGGGGUUAUAACACAACACGACAUUAGUUUAGUUUCUCGACUCGCUCUAGCUUUGGCCCCAGGGGGCUCUUUCAGUGGGCUCCCAUGGCCUUUGACACACCCCAUCAUUGCCUGCUGUUCCUUGCUUUCUGGCACCAUGCAUGUCUUUUUCAAUUUUAUUUUCCUAGAAAUUAAUUUUUAUUGCAUUUUAUGGAUUGGGGGGGGAAAGUGGUUCUUCAGUGGAGAGAAUUUGAGAAGCACUGCACAGAUCUUCCAGCAGCUUCUUCUGCACUAUCAGCUGCAGCGACCUUGGUCUGAGCACACCAGGCUUGCACCUGCCCCAGGGCCCUUACAGUGCUCUCCUCCUGGAAUGUUUUUCCUUCAGCUCUUCCUUUUCAUCCUUCCUGUCUUCCCCUAUCUCCCCUCCUCAGAGAAGCCUCCUCCUCCCAGGCUGACACAGCCCCCACCCCAGCUGUCUCCAGCACUCUUGCUUUGUUUUCUUAUAGUCCCAAUAUUUUGUCCCCUGCUGAAAUAAUCUGUUUGACAUAUUAACAAUUGCUUCUAAAUGUAAGCACCAGAGCACCCGGUUGGCUCAGCUGAUGGAGCGUGCGACUCUUGAUCUCAAGCUUGUGGGUUCGAGCCCCGUGUUGGGUGUAGGGAUUACUUAAAAAUAAAAUCUUAAAAAAAAUGAAAAGAAAUGUAAGUGUCACGAGGACAGGGAUAGACCUUGGCAUGCACAAUAUUGUGGGUUUUUAAAAAAAUAUUUAUUUGAGAGAGGGCAUAAGCAGGGGGAGGGGCAGAGGAAGACAGAGAAGCAGGCUCCCCACUGAGCAAGAAGCCCUACACGGGACUCGAUCCCAGGACCCUGAGAUCAUGACCUGAGCCGAAGGCAGAUGCUCAACCAACCGGAUGAGCCACCCAGGUGUCCCUGUGGUUUUUUUUUUUUUUUUUUUUUUGAUAUUUCAGAAAUGUCUCCCUGAGAUCCCUGGAUGUGGUGGUGGUGGGGGGCGGGGUCCUGAUAAUAAUCUCCUUCUACUGAGGCCAAACUUCCGGGAGGCUACCAUGAGACACUGUGUGGGUGGGGAGAACAAAAACAGGGGCCAUGCUUGAAUCCCCAUCACUACAGUUUAGUGUGGGCAAGAGGUACAGAGAGGGAAUCCCAACCAUCCUCUGCUCUGAGGUCCCCACAAUUACUGGCCUCAUCCAACCCCAUCUGAGGGUCAUGAAUGGUUGGAGAAGGUAGGCUAGCCUCAGAAUGGAAGGGCAGCAUAGUGGAUCAGUGGGCUCAAAGCCUCCUUUCAUUCUCCUUGCCAUGUCACUUUGGGGCUCUCGGCCUCAGUGUUUCUGUCUGUAAAGUAGGUAUGAUACUCAUUAUGCUCGAGAUAGUGUGAGGUUAAAUGAGACUGUGCUGGGCAUAAGACUCUCAAAAGUUGUUACCUGUUGGUAUGAUCUCCAAAGGGCACACGCAUGCAGAAUUUUGCAGAUGAUUUUUGGGGGCUUCACACGCUUCCCCGAAACCUCGUCCUCAAUCCCGACCUAUGAGCCCUCUAAGUCAUCCCCACCCCCAACUUCAUAACCAGAGCUUGUCUGAUGAGUUAGGAGGUGUGAGAACCAAAGGCAGCCCCAGGUGAGGGAGGAGGUGGCAGGUGAGGACUUGGGGAGGGCCGGAGGGGGGCUGUAGGCCACCUCCUGCACACAGGGGAGCCAGUGUGUCUGGAGCUGCCUGGGCCCCAGGAACAGGCCCUCAGGGGCAGGUGGGACCUCGGUUCCAGCCGGCUGUGUGUGGGUGGGGAGGUCUGGCCCAGCCCGGAGUUCCAGUUGGCCCAGUGUGGGGGCUGGGCCGGAGGCAAGGGCAACUGUGCCCAGCUCCCGCACCAACACCAGUGGACGCCCCCAGGCCCUCCAGCCCAGGACAGGUGAGGGCCUGCGGGGCCCCUCCCGGGGGCCGGAAGCCUCUGACUGUGUGUUUACAGCGCAUCCCCCCCAGGAGUUUGUGCUAGUUCGGGUUCGUCCCUGGGGUCCACAGAGGUCAUGAGAACCUUCCCAGAAAGGCAAACACGAGCGUGAGCCAGCAGGACAUGCCACGCUCGCAGGAGUGGCAGCCCAUAAUAGCACGCCCUUCUCGGCCAGGGCCCCUCCCCCGGCCAGGAGCCCCAGCAGUGCCAUGGAUGGGGAAACCAAGGCCCAGUGGGGAAAGACGCAUUAGGUCUUUCGGGGGGAUUGGGACAGGAGUCAAGGCACGUGCAUCGCACACGUCAACCUGUGUGUUCAAACACAUACACACCGGCCCCUUUGUGUGCCCACACCCACCUCCUGCACAGGCACAUCCAGGCAGGAGGGCCGAUGCCCCAGCUCCCCUCCCUCGGGCACACCCACCCCCGCUCCAGUCACACGCUCUGGACCAUGAGACCCACGCCUCAAACACACCUGUGGAACGGAUGUUAAGGGGACCUGGGAAUUUCUACCAAGUGUGGGCUCAGGGACCACUAUGUGGAGGGGGGCUGUCUCACGUAGACUUGCUGUAGUGCUUUCUCAUCUCAUAGAAUUUUAUAUAGUUGAGAAAACACUGAUUGUUCUGUGUGCGUGCGUGCGUGCGUUUUGAAUGAAACUCCCUCUGUAGUUGUAAAGGCAGAAACUCACACUAUACCCCCUUACACGGAAUUCACCCACCUAGUCUCACUUAGAUCUGACACACAAAUGUGAUCUAGGUACAGACAAAUAACCGUACACACCCACAGAGCCAUUCAAAACACUACUUACACACACAUAACCCCCCCCACACACACACUACAGUCAUAGAUUCACAAUCAGGCACACCCACAAAUACACUCACACAUAAAGAGGCAAGUUCAGAUACUCAAUGUACAUUCAGGAAACAGAUCCAUAUGUGCAUCUUGUCACACUCAUGCUCACACACAGAUCCAUGCAAAUAUCCCCAAAUUCACACUGAUGUAAACAGCAGCUUCACCCACAUAAACUCAGAAAGUCACACAGGUCAAGAAGAGAUAACAGACAAACCCAAACACAUACGUACACUUGUUAUACACACGCAGUUACACCCGGCUGUACACACUUAGACACACAGGCCCGCAAAGACUUAACACAAACAUUUGUGCAUUCACAAUUCCUUACAGCUAAGAGGCACACUGCAGAUGUUUUGACACAAAACCACAAUGGAAUACACAAGCAAAUAUUUAAAUAUCCACAAAAGGGGCUCAGAGGUUCGCAAGUGUAUCCAUUCAUACCCAUUCAACCACACUGAUAGAUACAAGUAGUCACACUCUUGGGUAAAUACACAUGCCCUCAAUUCCUCUCCUAGGCUCCUUCAUUGCCACUUUUUCACACCCUUAUACAAAACACAAAUACAUCUAGAUGCUCACAAAUAUGCACACUCGCAGAUCCACUGGCAAAACACAAAUACACACUCACCACGCCUAUAUCCUCCGGACACAGACACGUACACAAUACAGAUCCUUGUACACACAACACACAUGAAAAGCACGGACACACACACGUGCUGUCGCACUCCCACCCAGAUACGCACACGCAGACACCCUCAAAUACACUCACCACCCGACUACAUUAGGGACGCACACGCUGAUAAGAACACACACACUCUUGUACGCUCACAAUACGCAAUCGGACACAGGUGCCCCCACGCACACGCUGCCUCUUGGCCAGGAAUGACAAGCCCGCACGGAUGCUCACGCUCACACCUAAGGGUACACACUUGGGCCAGCACACACAUCCGCAAACGGAGGGUCCCUCACCCUCCCCAGCGCGCGCGCGCACACGCACUCCUCCGCAGCCUCCCGCCACCACCGCAGUCCGGGCCCGCCCCACCCCGCGGCGGGCGGCCAGGCGAGGCCAGGGCGGGCGGGGGACCGGGUCGGGGUCUGGGCCGGGGGCGGGGCGCACCUGGGCUCCGCCCCGGGGCGGGGCCGACGCUGCGUCGCGAGCGCGAGCGGCCGCACCUGGCUCGGAGGCGGCGGCGGCGGGCCCGGUCCGGGUGCGAGCGCGGCGCUGCCCAGCUGGAGCGAGCGCGGAGCCGGCGCCCGCAGCCCCGGCGCCGCCAUGGUGGAGGCGGCGCCCCCCGGGCCCGGGCCGCUGCGGAGGACCUUCCUGGUGCCCGAGAUCAAGUCGCUGGACCAGUACGAUUUCUCGCGGGCCAAGGCGGCGGCCAGCCUGGCGUGGGUGCUGCGGGCCGCGUUCGGGGGCGCAGAGCAUGUGCCCUCGGAGCUGUGGGAGCCCUUCUACACCGACCAGUACGCGCAGGAGCACGUGAAGCCCCCGGUGACGCGGCUGCUGCUCUCGGCCGAGCUCUACUGCCGGGCCUGGCGCCAGGCGCUGCCGCAGCUCGAGACCCCCCCCAACCCCUCGGCGCUGCUGGCCCUGCUGGCGCGGAGGGGCACAGUGCCCGCGCUGCCCGAGCGCCCCGUGCAGGAGGCCGACCUGAGGCACCAGCCCAUCCUCAUGGGAGCCCACCUAGCUGUCAUUGACGCCCUCAUGGUUGCCUUCGCCUUCGAGUGGACAAAGACACUGCCCGGUCCUUUGGCCCUGGCCAGCUUGGAGCAUAAGCUCCUUUUCUGGGUGGACACGACCAUCCGGCGGCUGCAGGAGAAGACGGAGCAGGAAGCUGCCCAGAGAGCCUCUCCUGUGGCCCCUGCAGAUGGGGUGGCCCCAGCACAGCCCUCGUGCCCCACACGCUGGUAUUGGAAGCUGGUUCCUCACGCAAUUGCCUUCUGUUUGAAGGAGUCGGGGAGCAAACCCCCCAUGAUCCGAUACCGCAAGGACCGAGCUGUGGCCCGACGCGCCCCCUGCUUUCCAAACGUGACCACCCUCCAGGAUCUGGCAAGUGGGGCCGCACUAGCUGCCACAAUUCACUGCUAUUGUCCCCAGCUCUUGCGACUCGAGGAGGUGUGUCUCAAGGACCCCAUGUCCGUGGCGGACAGCCUGUACAACCUCCAGCUGGUGCAGGAUUUCUGUGCCUCCCGCCUUCCUCGCGGCUGCCCGCUCUCCCUCGAGGACCUGCUUUACGUCCCACCGCCCCUCAAGAUCAACCUGGUGGUGCUGCUAGCCGAGAUGUUCAUGUGCUUUGAGGUGCUGAAACCUGAUUUUGUGCAGGCCAAGGACCUGCCUGACGGUCACGCGGCCUCCCCCCGGGCCACGGAGGCCUCUCCCGCUCAGAACAGCAGUGGCUGCAGUUCUCCUGUCUUCAACUUCCGCCACCCGCUUCUGUCAUCCGGCGGCCCCCAGUCCCCACUCCGUGGAUCCACAGGCUCACUGAAGUCCUCCCCGUCCAUGUCCCACAUGGAGGCCCUCGGCAAGGCCUGGAACCGUCAGCUCAGCCGUCCCCUUUCCCAGGCAGUGUCGUUCAGCACCCCCUUUGGCCUGGACAGCGACGUGGAUGUUGUCAUGGGAGACCCCGUCCUACUCCGCUCGGUCAGCUCGGACAGCUUGGGCCCCCCGCGCCCUGUGCCAGCCCGGACCCCCGUCCAGCCGCCCCCGGAGCCCGGAGACCUGCCUACCAUCGAGGAGGCCCUGCAGAUCAUCCACAGCGCUGAGCCCCGGCUGCUCCCAGAUGGGGCCGCCGACGGCAGCUUCUACCUCCACUCCCCUGAGGGCUCCUCCAAACUGCCACUGGCCUCCUCCUACCCACUCGACGGGGUCUCAAAGCCACUGCCCGCUGCGCCCACCCAAGCACCCAGCUACGUGCCCCACCCUGAGGGCCCCCUGAAAUCGUCUCCCUGCCCGGCAGGGGAGCUUUCGAAAUCGCCGGCCCUGUCUGAGGGCUCCCCGAAGGCAGCAGCUUCGUCCCCCGCGGCCGGCAACUCUGAGGUGAAGAUGACCAGCUUUGCUGAGCGCAAGAAGCAGCUGGUCAAGGCCGAGGCCGAGGCAGGGUCCCCGGCGGCCACCCCUGCCGCAGCAGAGGCCCUGAGCUCGGAGAUGAGUGAGCUGGGGGCCCGGCUGGAGGAGAAACGGCGGGCCAUCGAGGCUCAGAAGCGGCGCAUCGAGGCCAUCUUUGCUAAACACCGCCAGCGACUGGGCAAGAGCGCUUUCCUGCAGGUGCAGCCACGGGAGGCUGGAGGGGAGGCGGAGGCGGAGGCGGAGGCCGGCCCGGUCCCUGGUGGGGAGCGGCCAGCGGGCGAGGGCCAGGGCGAUCCGGCCCCACGGCCCAAGGCAGUGACCUUCUCACCCGAACUGGGCCCGGUGCCCCCCGAGGGGCUGGGGGACUAUAACCGGGCGGUCAGCAAGCUAAGUGCUGCGCUGAGCUCACUGCAGCGGGACAUGCAGAGGCUCACGGACCAGCAGCAGCUUCUCCUGGCCCCACCCGAGGCCCCGGGGCCUGCCCCGCCACCUGCUGCAUGGGUCAUCCCUGGUCCCACAGUGGGUCCCAAAGCCGCGUCUCCCAGCCCUGCUCGGCGUGCCCCAGCUGCCCGGCGCAGCCCCGGGCCCGGCCCCAGCCCAACACCCCGAAGCCCGAAACAUGCACGGCCAGCAGAGCUGCGGCUAGCGCCCCUGACAAGAGUGCUCACGCCUCCCCACGAUGUAGACAGCCUCCCCCACCUGCGCAAGUUCUCGCCAAGCCAGGUGCCUGUGCAGACACGCUCCUCUAUCCUCCUGGCGGAGGGGUCACCACCCGAGGAGCCUGUGGCCCGGCCUGGCCUCAUCGAGAUCCCACUGGGCAGCCUGGAAGAGCCCACAGCCGAGGACGAGGGAGAUGGGAGCCCCCCUGGUGCCGAGGAUUCCUUAGAGGAAGAGGCGUCUUCAGAGGGAGAGCCCCGGGCUGGGCUGGGCUUCUUCUAUAAGGAUGAAGACAAGCCCGAGGACGAGAUGGCCCAAAAGCGGGCCAGCCUGCUGGAACGGCAGCAGCGGCGGGCAGAGGAGGCGCGGCGGCGGAAACAGUGGCAGGAGGCCGAGAAGGAGCAGCGGAGGGAAGAGGCCGCACGGCUGGCCCAGGAGGAGGUGACUGCGGGCGCCCCGGCCCCCCCAGCUCCUGUGGCCCCCACAGCAGCCCCAGCCCCUGCCGGGAGGGCCUCAGCUGAGGAAGAAGUGGGCCCCAGGCGGGGGGACUUCACUCGGCUCGAGUAUGAACGCAGGGCCCAGCUGAAGCUGAUGGAUGACCUUGACAAAGUGCUGCGGCCACGGGCUGCGGGGACCGGGGGGCCAGGCCGGGGCGGGCGGAGGGCCCCCCGGCCACGCUCUGGUUGCUGUGAUGACUCGGCCCUGGCACGAAGCCCUGCCCGUGGCCUGCUGGGCUCCCGGCUCAGCAAAGUCUACUCUCAGUCCACCCUGUCACUGUCCACCGUGGCCAAUGAGGCCCCCAAUAACCUUGGCGUGAAGAGGCCCACGUCUCGGGCUCCGUCCCCAUCCGGCCUCAUGUCCCCCAGCCGCCUGCCUGGCAGCCGUGAGCGCGACUGGGAGAAUGGCAGCAACGCCUCCUCCCCAGCGUCAGUGCCCGAGUACACAGGUCCGCGGCUGUACAAGGAGCCCAGCGCCAAGUCCAACAAGUUCAUCAUCCACAACGCCCUGUCUCACUGCUGCUUGGCGGGCAAGGUGAACGAACCGCAGAAGAACCGCAUUCUCGAGGAAAUUGAGAAGAGCAAGGCCAACCACUUCCUGAUCCUCUUCCGCGACUCGAGCUGCCAGUUCCGGGCCCUCUAUACGCUGUCCGGGGAGACAGAGGAGCUGACCCGCCUGGCGGGCUACGGCCCCCGCACGGUCACGCCCGCCAUGGUCGAGGGCAUCUACAAGUACAACUCGGACCGCAAGCGCUUUACCCAGAUCCCUGCCAAGACCAUGUCCAUGAGUGUAGACGCCUUCACCAUCCAGGGCCACCUCUGGCAGAGCAAGAAGCCCACGACUCCCAAGAAGGGCAGCAGCACCCCCAAGUAGCCUUGUCCCGGUGGUCCACCAGACAGGCCCCAGCCGUCGGCCUCCCGGAGGACAGCCUGGAGGACAAUCCGUUGGUAUUCCUGGGUCUCGUCUGUCCCCAACCUUGUUCGGGUAGGGCUGGAGUCCCUACCCCCUAACUUCUGUCCUGUCCUGCUGUGGGGGCUGAGCUGGGAGGUUCAGGGACUCAGGGCUCAGCUCAGUCCCCUGUCUGUCCUCCCCACCUUCUUGAAUAAAAUAAUUUAG